AUGCCUCAAACUUAUAAUCAUAGAUUAACAAAAUAUAUUCAUGUACAAAAUGAUUUGGGUCUAGCACAAAAAACCAAACGGGCUAUAUGUAAAGCCUGUGAAAGUAAAGAAAGUAUAUUUCAAAAAGGAAGAGAUGAAUGUCUUGAAUUAUGGCAAGUCUACGAAAAAUGGGGAUUUUUUAAUAGAUGGGACCGUGUACAAUGGCAUUGGAAAAAGUAUGCUGAUGAAACAACGGCUCGAAAUGCAGUUAUAGCAUUAAGACAGGCAAGAGCUCAAAAUAAUACAUUAGCUAUGUCUAUUAUUUCUUCAGGUUCUAGUUCUAGAAUUUCAGAUGCAUCAGAAUUAACAUUAGUAUCACGUAAUAUGAAACGAAUACGAACCAAACAACCAAAUACAUCCUUAGAUACCUACUUUGUUGUUCGUCAGUUAUCACCUACUGAACAGAAUGAAUUUCAUCGUCGACUUCUUUGUAUGAUAGUUGAAAAUGGUCUCUCAUUUCGAUUUACUGGAACCAAAACUUUUCACGAGUUUGUUGCUUUUUUUAAUACCACUGUUAAAAUUCCAAGCCGACGAACAUUGAGCAAAAAAAUUCUUAAAGAAUAUGCUGAAAAAUUAGAAAGUUCUCAAGUUUCUGCUCUUUUAGAAACACAAGAACCAGUUACUAUUAUGUUUGACGGGUGGAAGAAUGUGUGUCGUCAAGAAAUUUUGGGUGCUGUUAUUCUUUCAGCAACAAACAGAUUAUAUAUCUGGGGUGCUGAAGACAUAAGUGGUACUAGUCAAAAAACAGAUAAUGUAUUAAACACAAUUCGUGCUUUUUUAGAAUGUGCAAAAAACCAAAAUCUAAAUGUAGUAGCUAUGGUAACUGAUAGCGCAUCAUCUUACGCCUCAGCACGGAUUAAUCGUGUAACAUCAACAGUUCCUUCUGUUCAUUUAACUAGAAGUAAAAUCACACCCUUAUGUUUUUGGAUUAGGGUGCAGUUUGAGACAAAGAGUGGGAAGUGGGAAGAAAGAUCAGAUCUUGUAUUCCUGCCAUGUUUUGCACAUCAGGCCAAUCUUUGUAUUGGUGAUAUUUUUAGAUGUUCAUCAGAAUAUAAACGUGUAGCAGAGCAGGCAAUUGAAAUAGUGGCAUAUUUUACUGACAAAAGACAUUCAAAAGCAAUAUCAUUACUUCAUAAUGAACAACAAAGAAUUUAUAAGACAAUUUAUAGCUUUGUUCGUCCUGUAAUUACCCGAUGGAAUUCCUAUUAUUAUUGUUUCGCUGCUCUUAUUAGAAGUAAACGGGCUUUGCAAUCAUAUUCAAUUCUUCAUUUAAAUUCAAAUGAGCUAUCAAGUAAAGCACGAUCUGCUAUUAAUAGCACAAUAUUUUGGAAGAAUGUUGAUGAGCUUGCCGAUUGUUUGCUGCCAUUUGUUAGUAUUUUAGAUUACCUUCAGCAUGAUGCUGCAAAUCUUUUUGAUGUAAUCUAUUCAUUUGCAUAUGUUGCGCAACAGUACGAGGAUGAAACUAACGGAUUUGGUUAUGCAAUGUUAAAGCAACUUGAAAAGCGCUGGGCUGACUGGGAACAGCCAUUGCUUUUUUUAGCAUGGUUUAAUAAAAAACCAAAACAUAUCACAUUAAAAUUAACAGAAUAUUAUAUAAAACGAGGCAUUUUCACUGAUGAUCGGUUUAAUAAUACUCUCGAAGCGAUUUCAGAUGAACAUAAUAUGCAAGGUAAGAUGUCAAAUAAUGUAGUUGGGCUUGCACUACUGCGGUAUUGGGAGUUCGCUGCACUUAAUUUAAAAGAAAUUGGCAUGGUUGCACAAAGGCUGUACAGCAUUAAAGUCAAUUCAGCUCCAUGUGAACGCCUUUUUUCUCGCAUGGGGUGGUUUCAUAACUCUCAAUGA